CGCGGCUUUGCGCGCUCCCGACGCCCACGAACGCGAGCAGAGGCUUCCUCCACAUCCAGAGCAAGAACCAGGAAGUGAAAGUAUACACAUGGAGGGUGUGUCUUCCCCUGCCAGUGUAUGUUUUAUUUUUAAAAACACAGUCCUCCUCGGAUAAAUAAAUGGGGGACUCGGCGAAAACCAAGCGGCGGGAGCAGCUAAAGCGCUGGUCCGGCUCCUGCACGGACAAAGCGUCGGCCGUGCCCCGGCGGAGGUGGCGGGGCGAUGCCGAGGAAGGAGCAGGGGAGCCGGAGGCCGAGCUGAGCGACCCCCCCAGGGAGCAGCCAGAGUCUGUGGGCUCUGAAGAAGUCAGCCCCCUCCUCAAACGACGGAAAAGCGUGCGGUUCGACAGGGCUGCAGAGUUCCUGGCUUCCUGUGCCAGCGGGGACACGGAGGAGGCUCAGGUGAUGCUGAAAGAGGCCAAAGACACCAAAGGGACAAGCAGGGAAGAUGUGGUAGAAAUUAUCAAUUGUUCUAACGCUGAUGGAAUCACAGCUCUGCACCAGGCCUGCAUAGAUGGCAGCAUGGAGAUGGUGACCUUCCUUUUGGAGCAAGGUGCCAAUGAGAACCAGGUUGACAGUGAGGGAUGGACGCCACUGCAUGUUGCUGCCUCCUGCGGCUACUCUGACAUUGCAGAUUUCCUUUUGCAGCAAGGUGCGUCUCUCUCUGCUGUGAACUGUGACGGUGACGUUCCUCUCGACAUUGCUUUGGAUGAGACCACUGAGUCCCUUCUUCAGGAUUACACUCAGAGACAAGGUGUGGACUUGGAGGCAGCUAAGCGGCUGGAGGAGGAACAGAUCAUGAAAGACGCCCGGACCUGGCUAACUGAAGGCCCACCUGCCGAUGUGCGACAUCUUAAGACUGGGGCCACCCCGCUGCAUGUGGCUGCAGCCAAAGGCUACCUGGAGGCUCUCAAGAUACUGUGUCAGUGUGGGCUGGAUGUGUCAGCUAUGGACUUUGAUGGUUGGACACCCCUCCAUGCAGCAGCGCACUGGGGUCAGGACGAGGCCUGUCGCAUUCUGGCUGAACAGCUGUGCAAUAUGGAAUCCCGCAGCAAUGCGGGUCAGACGCCAUUUGAUGUUGCUGAUGAAAGUGUUGAGGAGCUGCUGGAGGAGUUAUCACAGAAACAAGCCAAUUGGCGUAAUGAACAGUCCAUACUGGAUAGGCAAAACCAGCAAGGCUCCACCACUGCAAAUGCACCAAACAGACGGCGGAGGAGCUCAGUGUGCAGGAUGAGCAGUAAAGACAAGAUGAACGUGCAGGACCAGUCUAAAGAGAGGGGCGUCUCUGGAGACCUGGAGCUGAGCGAGGAGAAAGAGAGCAGCCCUGAAAGCUCCACAGUGUCUAGUCCAGACACAGAGAGUGUGACCACAUCUACAGUCAGCCCUGCUGACAAGACACCAGAGGAGAAGGAUGAUGAGGAGAAGGAGCAGGACAAGGCGAACCGCACUGCAAGAGUUCAACCCACUCCUCAGACGAGGGACGCCUCCGCUGAGAGUCCCAACGCCCCCAACGCUGACAGGCGCAAGUUCCAGGCUCCAGUCAGGGACGAGGAGUCUGAAUCUCAGAGGAAAGCUCGCUCUCGACUCAUGCGCCAGUCUCGCCGCUCCACACAGGGUGUGACUCUGACAGACCUGAAAGAAGCAGAGAAGACUGUGGCUAAAGCUGCAGAUCCAGCACCUCGUAACGUCCAGCCUGUCAGCCCCAUCGUCACCAUCACGCCUGCUGAAAGAGAUACAGACCCAGUAAAGAAGUUGGAGCCGGAGGGAGAGAAGCGUCUGGCAGUGAAGGACAGGAGAAAAGGGAGGAAGGAGAGGCGCUCCACUGGCAUCGUCCAGCCGGAAGGAGAGAAUGAAGAAGACGAUGCUUAUCUGGAUGAUAAGAACAAUAUUACCACUUCCAAUGAGAGUCCACUGGAAGACUUGUCAGCUGACUACAGAACGCUGUAUUAUAAGGUACUGCAGGAAAACCUGGCUCUGAAGGACAAUGUGCAGGAGAUGGAGCUGCUGCUCAGCCAAAACAAAGUGGAGCUGGAGAGACUCCGACAGGUUCGGCAGAGCCAAGAGAGCAGCACAGACAGACCGGCCCUGCUGGAGUUGGAGAGAUUUGAGAAGUUGGCCCUCCAGAGGAAAGCAGUGGAACUGGAGGAUGAGCUGAAGGUUCUGGGGGAUCUCAGAGCAGACAACCAGAGGCUCAAGGACGAGAACGCCGCCCUCAUUCGAGUCAUCAGCAAACUCUCAAGAUGAACCUGGAAAACACACCUACAUGGAGAUGAAAAGUAUUACAGGAUUUAUUUGUCAUCCAGCUCAGAAGACACAAAACAAGGAAGAGAGACGCAGCAUCAAACACCUGCAGAGCACAUUUAACAGUAACUGGAAGAGCGUAGAGAUUUCAGGGUUAUUAGCUUGUGUUUGGGCCUUUAUGAUUUGGCAGAUCUACUGUAUAACAAGCUGAACUGCACCUCCUGUGGACUGACGGGGUGUCCCUGCUCACAUCCACUUUUAUAUUAAGUUUUUAUUGUUGUAUUUUUUAACUGGAAUAUUUUAUGUGCUUUGCUUCUGCAACACUUUGUAUAAAAAUCUGUAUUAAGAGACUUAAAGCCAUGCACAGUGUGAGUUCAUAGUCAUGUUUUAGAUAGAUUAACAAAUGCCAGUCAUGAGUGAGGGGGUGGUUAUUAGAAAAAGAAAAAGACAGUAAUGUGCCAAAAACCCAGCCCUGGUUGUGCAUGUCCUUUGGGGAACGCUCCUUGUGGUCAGUGCUGUUUCUCAGGAUGAGUGUUGGGUCGAUGCUUCCUGCUCUAGCUGACCGCUGUAAACGUGGACCAAAUCUGCAUGCUCAUUCCUCCCCCGCUCCUCUGAAUGUAUAUUUAAGAUGUAUAUUUAUGUACAGGGGCCAUCUGUCCGGACAGUGAUGUAGACGUGUCGUCGUGGUCUCUGUUGUACAAAGGGCGCAGAGUUUCGGGUGCUAAGCAGUGGACGUCAGAUGCAGCUCAUGUACACGGGCAUUCUCACAGAAACCGUUUGUUACAAACGUCACAUCUUUCAAGAGGUUGUGGAGAACGCACGCUCUCUUCUUAGUACUGUAAGUCGGUAGGAAUUUCACUUUGCCAUUUUGACUGGAUGCUUCUGUAAAAGCAACAACCCCUAAGCUAAGUAUUCGCCCCCGUGACGGACAGCUGUUAUUUUCUAACAGACAGGCCAGAUGGGUCAACGUUUGAAUGUUUACUCCUGUUUUAAAGAAAAUAACUCUCGCAUGUCAAAUUGUAUUUUGAUGCCGUGCCUUUCGAUAUGCAUUUGUAAGUAAUAUUUCUAUUUUGCUUUGGUAAACGUACACCGUUAAGUAUAAAAUACAGUUUGGGCAAAAACAA